AUGCGGGCGACCCUCAGCGCCCGGUCUCCGCCUCCCCAGGUCUCCUGGGCCACCGUGACGCUGCUGCUCCUGCUGCUGUUGCUGCCGCCUGCACUGCUGUCGCCCGGGGCGGCCGCGCAGCCUCCGCCCGACUGCUGCCGUCAGAAGACGUGCUCCUGCCGCCUCUACGAGCUACUGCACGGCGCGGGCAAUCACGCGGCCGGCAUCCUCACGCUGGGCAAGCGGCGGCCCGGGCCCCCGGGCCUCCAGGGCCGGUUGCAGCGCCUCCUGCAGGCCAGUGGCAACCACGCGGCCGGCAUCCUGACCAUGGGCCGCCGCGCAGGCGCAGACGCAGCGCCGCGCCCCUGCCCCGAGCGCCGGUGUCCCGCUGAGGCCACCUGGUCUGUUGCGCCCGGGGGACGGUCCGGGGUCUGAGCCCUUGCUCAGGUCCUGUCCUGGCCCUAC